AAACUCUAGGAGGGUGGCAAAUGGCUUUAACAGGAAAAGCCCUUGCAGGCCAAAGCCAAUAACAAAUAGUCAAAGCAGCACAAGAACACAAAAUGAGCAUUAUUAAACAAGUAUAGAAGAAUGAGACAUAUAUAAUGCAUGUUAUGUAACAAGAUUAAAUCUAACAUAUGAACAAAACUAUAUCUCUUACGCGUAUUUAUUAUUUUGAUAUUAUAGCCUUAGCAUUUGUUACUCUUCCUGUUUAGUUACUAAAUCCUAUUAAACCAGUAAGUAGAAUUUUGGAAGGUGAGAAGGAAAAAAAAUGGGGAAGGCAAGCAAAUGGAUUAGAAACCUUCUUCUAGGGAAAAAAGAAGAGAACUUCAAGCAGAUUGAUACAUUCUGCCCCGAUAAUAAGACCGCAAACACGGUUAAUAGUAGUAGCAGCAGUAAUAGUAAUAAGAUGGUAGUGAAGCGCAGAUGGAGCUUCCGAAAACUAACAAGUGGAAGAUCAACGGGCAAGGUAGUAGCUCAUAAAAUUUCCAAGUCUUUUGAUUCAGAUGACUCUCCAAAAUUACAAAUACAAGGCCUGUUCUAUACUCAGUCCCCAAGGUUUCGUCCAACAGCUGCUGAAUUUGUGAAAAAAGCUGCUACAAAGAUUCAAGCUUCCUUUCGCUCCUACUUGGCAAGGAGAGCAUUGCAUGCUUUAAAGGGAUUGGUGAAGUUACAGGCACUAGUGAGGGGUCACCUUGUAAGGAAACAAACAACUGCAACACUACGUGGAAUGCAUGCAUUGAUGUCGAUACAAGUUAGAGCACGAAUUAAAAGGAUUAAGAUGGCAGAAGAAGUAAAUCCCCUCGAAAUACAACCUCCAAAACACACAGAAAUUCCCUCCUUCAAAGGUCAAAUGAUACAACAAAAUCAAUAUUCAAAGAAUAUGAGCAUGGAAGAAAUGUUGGAGGUUAUGAGAAGUAGAAGUGGUCCACUAGAUGUUAAAAGCAGAAAGUAUGACUCAAUGGCAUAUUAUUCAAGAAGUCGAUCAAUUUCAAAACGAGAAAAUCAAUUGAAAAAGAAGGAGAAUCACAUGAAUAAUAAUCCUAGAACAAUUCUCACAGCACCAAACAGCCCAGAAAAGUACUACAGUGACAUGAUUGAAUAUAUGGACCCAACAACCUUAUCAACAUCUCAGCGUCACAUUAUUGUGCCUCCUAGAAAAUCAUGGUCAUCACCAAGUUACAUGAACAAGACAGAAUCUUCUAGGGCAAAAACAAGGUCUAUUAGUGAACCAAGACAAAGACCUAAACAAGGAACAGAACAGAGAAACAAGUCUAUAGAAUUUGCUUCUUUGAAGCAAAAUAUGUUGUCAAACUCAGCACGCUAUGAUCAUUGGGUUGUUAAUUCAAUGAAGGAGAGUAAGCAUGAUUCCUUUGGUAGCUAUGCGGUUACUACUAGUGAUGAUUCCUAUUAUUACUCGUGAAUUCUUGAAUGGUACAAAGUAAGCAAAGAUUCAAUAUUGAACCUUGGUGCAUAAAGCAAAACAUAAAUUCUGAAAUUGGAAUUUUUGUAACAAAACUUGAUGUAUGUUUUGUAGCAAUGCUAUAUUUGUUAAGAAUAAUGAUACGUGAAUAUGUUAGGAAUGAUUUAUAUGAAGGGGUGAGGAGAAAUUAGUAGAGGAUGGAGAUCGAAAGGGAGGAUAAAAAAAUUAAUGAUGGUGUUAAUGUGGAGGUUACGGUGGAAUAUAAUGACACCAAUAGUACUUCAUAUAUAUGUUUAAUAAAGGUUAUGUCUUUGAAACACAACACUAAAUACAAAUUAAAAACAAGACAAAUUUACACGCCUAAAA